CAGACAGUCGUAGUAGACCCACUUCUGUUGUUCCACACACACCCAGACAGAGCGACCGGGGCUGAGCGGGUGAACCGUGCACCGCCGCAGCGUCUUUGCCGCACCUGUUCAUCAUUUCUGCACCAAACCUGGAGGCGAGGCAGCGGCUGCUCACGCGUCACAUUCUUCCAUGGAGGCAGCGGUGCUGAGCCACGCGAUCAUGACCGAGGUGGACUGCAACAGUAACAGCGUGAACGCGGAGCUCGAGGUGAAGAAGCUCCAGGAGCUCGUGCGCAAACUGGAGCGGCAGAACGAGCAGCUGCGGUACCGCGCAAGCGGCUGCUCGGGCGACCCCAAUGCGCCUGUCUCCUUCAGGCUGCCCGGCCCGCUGCCCACCCUGCAGUGCCAGGCGUCUCUGAGGGCUUUAACGCCUCCGGAGGAACCCAUCGACUAUUACCGCCCGCACGCAGCCGGGGAUAGAGCCGCCGCUGCGGGGGAGGAAGAGGAGGAGGAGGCGGAGGACGCAGCAGCCGGGCCGUCGGUUCUGGAUGAGCUGGAGCUUCUGGACCUGGAUUCUCUGCGUUGCACAGACGAGUCUGAUGAAACCUGGUUGUACACGUCGUCGAAAACUAAAGAGUUCACGGACGACACCGUCGCGCCUCAGCAGUGGUGCCGGCAGGUUCUGGACCGUCCCAAGUCAGAGGUGGAGGCCGCUCGGCGGUCGCUCUCCCUGCGACUGGAACAAGUCUCCAGGUGGCGUAGCUCCCUGACAAGCCCCUCCCCCUCCUCCUCCCCCGGUCCUAGCCGCCGAGUUGCAGGAGUGUCCCCCAUCAGCGCCCCCCAGUGUUCCACUCCACAGCCGUCGGAGAGACACAGUAACCAAACAACGGCACGCGUGUCUCCUGCGUCGCACUCAGGUCUUUCUGCUCCAUCCUUCUCCUCCCCGCUCCACCCAGUCCUCCAUCGGACGCUGAGUCCCGUAGGGAAGGACUUGUCCUCUGCAGCCGACAGGACUCCCACGUUCCUCCCUCAUCCACUCAGCAGAAGUCGCAGCCUGAGGCGCUCGGCGCUCAGUCCUCAGUCGUCCAUGGACAGCGACCUCGGUGCGUCAGAGGUGGAGGACGACUCCAUCGCUCUGGGAUACAAACUGCACGACCUCACCGACGUCCAGGUCAUGGCGCGGCUGCAGGAGGAGAGUCUAAGGCAGGACUACGCCAGCACGUCGUCGUCCCUGCUGGCCAACCGCCGCAGCCAGAGCUUCAGCUUCCAGCUCAGCCAGCUCAGCGCCGGGCCCGACCUGGAGGAGGAAGACGAGGAGGAGGACGACGAAGACUACGGCCUCCUGCCGCCGCCGCAGCCGCGCCUCACCCGCCUGCCGCACUCGCACACCUUCUCCAGCAUCAGAGACUGGCGAAGAAGCACAAGCUCCCUGUGCACGCCUCCUUCCACUCCCUCAACCCCCCCACACCCUUCUGUUGGCUUCGCCUUUCAACCUCUGUCCCAAACCCAGGGACUGGGUCUGGGACUGGGACUGGGCAACCUCUGCGCAUCCGAGCAUCAGGGCUUCAGACCAGGAUCAGCCGAAUUUGAGAAUAAGCUGCGGAGGAGCAUGCCUAACCUGGUCCGAACUCCCAGCAUGCCCAGUGUGCCCAGUCCAGCCCUUUCCAGUGCUUCGCCUUGUUUGCUUCGCAGCAGCCUAAGUUUUGACUCGUCCAGCGGCCUCGCUCGACUGCAGUCCUCCAUUCCCUCCCCAGGUCAGCUUCAAAACAGAGUCCAGAGUGUCGGGAAUUUCUCGUCCUUGUCACGGCAGCCACUAAAGGCCACCGCCUACGUCAGUCCCACCAUCAAGGGCUCGACCUCCACCAGCCUCCAGUCUCUGAACAGCAACAGUGGGACAAACAGUGGGAUCCCUCACCUCAGCAAACCUGCCGGCGGAGGUGGGACUUCCACCACUUCCACACCCAACACUCCCCGUAGAAGCCUUCCCCGGCCCGCCUCCUUUGUGGGCAUCACAAGCUCCACCCCUCGCAGCAAGGUUUCCCAACCAGCACGAAGUUUACUGACGCCUCCAAAGACCUUGUCCACCCUCAGUGCCCUUCGUGACAGCACCUGGAAAGACGGCUGUUACUGACGAGAGGUUGAGCAGGAAGUGGGCGGUGCAGUGUCUCCCCGCUGGCUGGGGUAAACCUGCCACACCUCCAAUACCGAGUUUUCCAUUUUUUACACUGACUGGGUUUGACCAAAAAGUAAAAAACUUACCUUAAAUCAGAGAUCCUGCAUAGAAUAGAAUAGAAAAGUUUGCUGUCGCCACACGAACACAUCGUUUGAUUCUAUGCAGAAUAUUCUGGAGCUGUUGACUGAGUUUGUUCCGUGCCAAGUGGGAGACGUUUCCUGUUGCUCUUGUGCAAUAAAACGCUGGCUGUAGGUUCUCAGUAUUUACUAAAGAGGGCUGCCAAUUUUUAUUAAGAGCUUCACAAUUCUCUAUUUAUUCAUGUUUUAGUUUUCAAUUUUUAGAUUAAUCAGGUGUUUUUCCUGUGGCGACAAAAGCCAACGAUGCUGCUAAAAUGUUUUCAGUCCCGUUUACUUUGGGCACACUUGGUGUAAUUUUUCUUUUUUUAAAUCGAAUUAUUAAAGUAUUUAUUCGUGUACAAAGUUAAAUAUUAACCCUGCACACAUAAUAAUCUAUAUUGAUGAGAUAUAAGUGCAUUUUUUGAAUGUGUCUGAAUGUGUUUACAAGAUUUGUGUCACACUUUCAAAAACGGUUGUUGUUGUUGUUGCACUUAACAAAUUCACUGAUGUUUUUCUUGUUGUCACCACUAAUGUUUGCACUAAUGUUUUACAUUUCACAGUUGGACACAAAGUCACGUAGCACCCUUUUGUUUCCAAUAUUUGACUUAUAUUUCUAAAUGACCUUUAACCCUGGCACAUUUUAAAAAAAGAAUCUUCUGUAAACAGUGUUGGACAGAAUGACUGAAAUAUUUUAAUAAAUGACAAAAUACUUAA